AGUUGAAAACUAGCCGGCCUACAGUCGAUUUUAAGCCGCCGCCGACAUAUUUGUUGUCAGUCGCCGCCUCCUUUAAUAUUUGUCGGUGCAGGGCUCUUGUUUGGCGUCUAAUUUAAAGUAAUUUUUAAAAACGUGAAAUUAAGUUAAUUUAUUAUGAGUAAAUACGAUUUUGCAAGACGCAUUAAACGUAUUGUUCAUGCAGAAUGUGAAAUUACAAAAGUUGAAACGAAAAUAGCACAUAAAAGUGCUAAAUACUAUGAACAAAUGAGUUCUUUAAAAACUACUCUGGCCAAACAGGAGUUGGAAUUAAAAAAAUAUCGAAAAGAAGUGGAUAAAUUAAAACGUGAAAACGAUAAAUUAGAAAAGUUUAAACAGAAUGAGGAAGAACGCUUACGUCUCACAAUACAAAAUGUAGAACAAAUGCAGUGCGAAUAUCAACAAACACUGCAACAGCAGAUAGAACAAAGACGAGCAGCAUUAUUACAAAUGGAUUGCAUACACAGCAUUAAGCAGGCCACACAAACGUACAUCAAUUUAAAUGCCUUACCUCAACUCAUUCAAGGCGUGGCUAUAUGUGAAAGAGAAUCUUCUAGUGAUUGGAGACCUUUUCGAAUUGACCCUUCAAAACAUACAUUAAAGGAAGUGCAAGACUUAAUUUGGCAUGAUUCGGAAGUUGAUUUAGUUCACAGAGAAAUUUGGGAAAAAUUAAUACUUGGUGAUAUAUUGUCGGAUACAAGUAAAAAUAUCGAAUCGGAAAAUGAUAAUGCUACAAUGGUUAUCUAAAUAUAUAAAAUUACUAAAUUAUAAUUGAAACUAAUUAAUUUAUAUUGUACAUAUUUUUCCUCAUUUAAACUAGUAAAAUGAUUAUUUAGUUUCGCUAUUAUGUUGAUGCUCAAAGUUCAAACUGUUUCUUAUAAGAAUAUAAAGCAUCAUUUAUCAUUAAAAUAAACGAUAUUUAUUUAAA